AUGCGAUUUCUUCUAGCAGCCCUGCUUCUAAUUCUGCUGUCAGCCACUUGUCAGGCAGAAUUCUUACGAGAACAUGGCACGCAUAUCACCUUUGGGCAUUCGCCUCUUCAGAAGAGAAUCGUAUCUGAGGCGGCCAAGACAUUGCUUGACACCGAGACGCCUGAGCGUCUGAAGCGCUGGGCUAUCUUUCAGGACGGAAAUCGAUUUCGUGAAGCGAUUCGAAGUGGCUAUAUCAAACUCCUACGCCGCGUCGACAAGAUUCGAGAGCCUUAUGCAUUCUCCAAGGGUGUCAAGAAGCAAUGGAUAUACGAGCCUGAUCUGCGGAAGCACUACUUUGUGCCUAGAGUUCUUCGUGUGCCUGCUAUUCUUCAAGACAGCCCCAUACAACACGACGAAGCAUUUGCUGCUUUCAUCAAAGGCACCAACCAGGAUUUCGGCCUGCAAGACGUUGUCGUAACACACGUUCCAGAGCUGUCAAAGUUCAAAGAGGCAGAAACAGGGAAGGAAAGCUCUCUCUCUGCUACCAAGUCUGAGUCUCAAGAGCCGCUCACGGAACAGAAUCCACCAGGAGAGUCGAUGCGGCGACGUCGGCGAACACGCGGUUACCAUCGCCGUCAAAGCUUUAACCAGUUUCGGUCCGCCACGAAUGACGCAGCAAGCACGGAAAAGUCACCCGCUGCAGAGAUCGAAUCGGAAGGCUCCUUGGCACAUCAGCAAGCAGGUCCAACUCAGAAUCCAGAACAGCCGGCAGCAGAGCGAGUGUCGAAUGCGGAACGAUUGAGCAAUACGCUUGUUGAGAUGGAAGAGCGCUUCAACGCUAUGAAAAAGUUCAAAGAGACGCAGAUGCACAAGUCGGCAAUGCGUUAUGUUGGGCAUCCUCAGUAUCGAGCGCCUGUUGAGCAAGAGUCGGAUCCAGCUGUGACCGCGGGUGCCCCUCCAGGUCUGAAAUCUAUACGCAUCAGGCCAGCCGUAGACUCGCAAGAUGUCACUCCAGAGACGACUCCCAGACAGCCUGUCGACCUGGCUGGAACGGAUGCUGAUGCUUCGAACCCAAUCACACCACACAACAAUUGGGAUGGCACUUUUCUCUAUACGCGAUUCAAGACACCGUUUAGUGAUACGCCAAGGGCGCCUUCUCCUUUACCAGACCCAUCACCACUCGUGUCGACUGGAGGAGGCAUGACACCUAGAACAGGCGACAACACAGGUGCAACCUCUCCCAACCCCUUCCGACUGCCAGUUGACUACGACGAGCUGCUGCACUCAGCCCGAUUGCAACGUGGCCAGAACUCUUUGCACACUUCACAUUCCAAGCCAUCUCUUCCGCUCUCGUCGGAUGCUGAUUCGAAAUCAGACUCUGGAACGACGUUCGGUUCGAGCGAUGGCACUGCUAGCCGUGAGAGCGCACAUAAGCUUCAAGAAACAUCAAGGCUUAAUCGAGUCGACUACACCGUCUAUGACCAUGCUUCGCUGGAUGGACGUCGUCAAUUUGCGUCAACCCUGUUUGACAGACUGCACCCUUACAGCGACGAAGAGCCGGUGUCCGACGCGUUGUCACCUUCGGUCAAGCGCAAGGUUGUUGCAAAGGAGGCUGCUAGUUUUGUUCGAUCCGCCCGACGCCCUUUCCGCUCACCCACCAACCGACAGUUUGCCCGGCAAACGCCAGCAAAGGAGGCAACCCACUCGUAUUCAUCUCAGCCUCAGCCUGUUGAUGUUGAAAUGCAGGACGCUUCGAUGUCCGUCAUCCAGACCAAGGCGUCUCAACCUGACGAAACACUGCUCACCGGUGCGACAGGAAGUAAACGUUUCAAACGACCGCCUGCAUUGGAUAAGGCAUUUGUACGCUCGCAAAGCUUCCUCUUCCCCACCGACACAAGAGUCGAUCCCGCCUCUCCAUUCCUUGAAGGCUUCAAACCGUCUGUCAAAGCCGAUGCUGAUUCCAGCGCCGAGCUCAGUCCCAUGCUUCCUCAGCUCUCUCCAAAUCAGCUUCAACGCCUACACGAGCGACUGAAGGAUAUGCCGUCUACUGGCUCUUCGGACGCUGUGAUCCAGGCUUUUCGAAGUCAUCGUAUCCCAAAGUCUUUGCACAGCGAUCGCUUUGAUGUUCGCUCUACUUUCUCUACCAGUUAA